AUGGCAAAAGGGCACCCUGCAAAUAUUGAAAACGGGAACACAUCCAUAGAAUUAGUGUCCAAGGAUGGUCCUAUUCCGAUAAAUAUUAUGAUGCAAGAGGGUGUUAAAGCACUUACUAAGAUAUUAUCCAACCAAUUACAAGAUGGUAAGGGAUUUGAAAGCGGUGAUCAUUCCAUGCAAUUCGUCAUAAGAAAUAAAACAGAUAAAAAAACUCCACAAAGUAAUAAAGGUGAAAAGGUUGAAGAGCUUGAGGAUGAAGAUAUUGUAGAAAUAGACAAUCAUAGUAAUUAUCAUGUACAUUCAAACGUGACAGGCCGUGACCUAGUACUCGACGAAAAUGAAGUUGAUAAAUUUUUAGAAGAAAAGUUUCCAGACCCUGAAUUGCAUAUAAAUGGUGAAGAAGCAGAGAUAAUAUUCGAUUAUGAGAGACAAGGUCUCGAAGAUGUUCCUGAGGGUAUAGGCAAGAAAAUAUCAGAAAUGAUAGAAUCUGUACUACCUGGAAGUUUUUCUACUGAUGCCCAUGGUCGUUUACAUGCAGUUGUAAAUGGGAAUGAAUUAAACAUAACAGAGGAGGGUGCUAGUGACAUAGAGCCACAUGAUUUAUUAAUGGAUGGUCAUGCUGAUAAUGGUGCAGCUCCUACUUAUCGUAUGACAUUAGAUGAUGAAAGAGGGGAAGACCCUGGUGAAAGAGUGGAUAUGAUACAGGAACGUAUGAAUAGAUUACAGGAUCCCAACGAAGCAUAUUAUGACCAUGAUCAUGAUCACAACCAUGAAGACGGAUAUUGUCCGCACCAUUAUCGUCAACACCACCAUUUAUUAAACGAUCAGCAGGGUCCAUCUGCAUUUAGGAACCAGCAUUAUUUAGAUUAUGAUUAUGGUGAAUCACAACAUCGCACAACGGGUAACGGUGUACAGGAACCUCCAAAUUUUGCAAUGUUAUUGGAUGCGAAGCAACCAAUGUGUAUGUUCUGUGAAUAUUAUAUGGUCUUUGGUGAACCACCUAAAAAUAUGAUAAAAUGGUACAACAAAACAUACGGUUAUCGACGAAUGCCAAUGAAUGGGAACGCUAAUAAUGAGCAUCACCAUCAUCAUAACCAUAUGGAGCAUCAACAAAAUUCGCAUCGAAAGAGAAGUCGUUAA